GCGUGGGCCGCGGGGCGGGGCCAGGGCGGGUGCGCGGCGGCGGCGGGGUGGCUGGGCCGGCGGCGGCGGCGGUACGAGGCGCGCGCUCGGGGUCCCGGUCGCGAGGAGGAGGAGGAUGUGGCGCGCGGAGGGGAAAUGGCUGCCGAAAACAAGCCGGAAGAGCGUUUCCCAAAGUGUAUUCUGCGGAACUAGCACCUACUGUGUUCUCAACACCGUGCCGCCUCUAGAAGAUGAUCAUGGGAACAGCAAUAGUAGUCAUGUAAAAAUCUUUUUACCGAAAAAGCUGCUUGAAUGUCUGCCGAAAUGUUCAAGUUUACCCAAAGAGAGGCACCGUUGGAACACUAACGAGGAAAUCGCGGCUUAUUUAAUCACCUUCGAGAAACACGAAGAAUGGCUGACCACGUCCCCUAAGACCAGACCGCAGAAUGGCUCCAUGAUCCUCUACAACAGGAAGAAGGUGAAGUACCGGAAGGAUGGCUACUGCUGGAAGAAGCGGAAGGAUGGAAAGACCACCCGCGAGGACCACAUGAAGCUGAAGGUUCAGGGAGUGGAGUGCUUGUACGGCUGCUAUGUUCAUUCCUCCAUCAUCCCCACCUUCCACCGGAGGUGCUACUGGCUCCUUCAGAACCCCGACAUCGUGCUGGUGCAUUACCUGAACGUCCCGGCCAUCGAGGACUGCGGCAAGCCCUGCGGCCCCAUCCUCUGCUCCAUCAACACCGACAAGAAGGAGUGGGCGAAAUGGACCAAGGAGGAGCUCAUCGGGCAGCUGAAGCCCAUGUUCCACGGCAUCAAGUGGACCUGCACGAAUGGCGGCAGCAGCUCGGGCUUCUCGGUGGAGCAGCUGGUGCAGCAGAUCCUGGACAGCCACCAGAGCAAGCCGCAGCCACGCACGCACAACUGCCUCUGCACCGGCAGCCUGGGAGCAGGCAGCAGCGUGCACCACAAAUGCAACAGUGCCAAACACCGGAUCAUCUCGCCGAAGGUGGAGCCGCGGGCGGGGGGCUACGGGGGCCACGCGGAGGUGCAGCACAAUGACGUGUCGGAGGGCCGGCACGAGCCGGGCCACGGCAAGGGCCGCGAGAAGAGGAACGGCAAAGUGGCCAAGCCCGCGCUGCUGCACCAGAACAGCGCCGAGGUGUCGUCCACCAACCAGGUGGAGGUGCCCGACACCACGCAGAGCUCCCCGGUGUCCAUCAGCAGCGGCCUCAACAGCGACCCGGACAUGGUGGACAGCCCCGUGGUCACCGGCGUGUCCAGCAUGGCCGUGGCCUCCGUGAUGGGCAGCCUGUCGCAGAGCGCCACCGUGUUCAUGUCGGAGGUCACCAGCGAGGCCGUCUAUACCAUGUCCCCCACCGCCGGCCCCAACCACCACCUCCUGUCGGCCGAGGCCUCGCAGGGCCUCGUCCUGGCCGUGAGCUCCGACGGCCACAAGUUCGCCUUCCCCACCUCGGGCAGCUCGGAGAGCCUGUCCAUGCUGUCCACCAAUGUGUCCGAGGAGCUGGUCCUCUCCACCACCCUGGACGGGGGCCGGAAGAUCCCGGAGACCACCAUGAACUUCGACCCCGACUGUUUCCUCAACAACCCCAAGCAGGGCCAGACGUAUGGGGGCGGGGGCCUGAAGGCCGAGCUGGGGGCCACGAGCGUCCGGCACUCGCCACCCGUGGACAGGGGCUUCGGCUUCUCCACCGUCCUCGCCAAGGAGAUCAAGACGGAGGACACAUCGUUCGAGCAGCAGCUGGCGCGAGAUGGCUACACCCCCUCGACCGCCGCGGCCGCCUCCAGCUCCCUCACGCUGACGGCCGGCUCGGGCCUGCUGCCGUCGGGGGGCGGCCUGAGCCCCAGCACCACGCUGGAGCAGAUGGACUUCAGCGCCAUCGACUCCAACAAGGACUAUGCGUCCGGCUUCAGCCAGCCGGGCCACAGCCCGCACGUCCACCAGACGCCCUCCCCCAGCUUCUUCCUGCAGGACGCCAGCAAGCCCCUCCCCCUCGAGCAGGGCGCCCACGGCGGCCUGGCCGACUCGGGGGGCACCUUCGUGAUGCCCACGGUGAAGACGGAGGCCCCGUCGCAGACCAGCUCGUGCAGCGGCCACGCCGAGUCGCGGCUGGAGUCCGGCUCCUCCCUCCACCUCAUGCAGUUUCAGGCCAACUUCCAGGCCCUGCCGCCGGCGGAAGGGGAGGUCACCAUGGAGACCUCGCAGGCGGCCGAGGGGGGCGAGGGGCUGCUCAAGGCGGGGGGGCUGCAGGCCUGCGGCUCCGAGCACUACCUGCAGCCCGAGACUCCGGGCGUGAUCCGCAGCGCGGGGGGCGUGCCCGUGCUCCCCGGGGGCGUGGUGCAGGGGCUCUACCCCGUGGCCCAGCCGGGCCUGGGCCACACGUCCAACAUGGAGCUCAGCCUGGACCACUUCGACAUCUCCUUCAGCAACCAGUUCUCCGACCUGAUCAACGACUUCAUCUCCGUGGAGGGCGGCGGCGGCACCCUGUACGGGCACCAGCUGGUGGCAGGGGACAGCACGGCGCUCUCGCAGUCGGAGGACGGGGCGCGCGCCCCCUUCACGCAGGCCGAGAUGUGCAUCCCCUGCUGCAGCCCCCCGCAGGGCGGCCUGCCUCUGGGCGGGGCGGACACCGGCCCGGGCACCAUGGCCUACAUGCAUGUGGCCGAGGUGGUGUCGGCCGCCUCCACGCAGGGCGCCCUGAGCAUGCUGCAGGCCGGACGCGUGUUCAUGGUCACCGACUACUCCCCCGAGUGGUCGUACCCCGAGGGCGGAGUGAAGGUCCUGAUCACGGGCCCCUGGCAGGAGGCGGGCAGCAACUACAGCUGCCUGUUCGACCACGCCUCGGUGCCCGCCUCCCUCAUCCAGCCCGGGGUGCUGCGCUGCUACUGCCCAGCCCACGACACGGGCCUCGUGACCCUACAAGUUGCCUUCAACAACCAGAUCAUCUCCAAUUCAGUGGUGUUCGAGUACAAGGCGCGGGCACUGCCCACGCUCCCGUCGUCCCAGCAUGACUGGCUGUCCCUGGACGAUAACCAGUUCAGGAUGUCCAUCCUGGAGCGCCUGGAGCAGAUGGAGAGGCGGAUGGCCGAGAUGACGGGGGCCCAGCAGCACAAGCAGGGUGGCGGUGGCGGCGGCAGCACAGGCAGCGGGACGGCAGGAAACCAGGCCCAGUGCGCCUCGGCCCCGGGGCCCCUGGGGAGCUGCUUCGAGAGCCGCGUGGUGAUGGUGUGUGAGAAGAUGAUGAGCCGCGCCUGCUGGGCCAAGGCCAAGCACCUGAUCCACUCCAAGACCUUCCGCGGCAUGACGCUGUUGCACCUGGCAGCCGCCCAGGGCUACGCCACCCUCAUCCAGACGCUCAUCAAGUGGCGCACGAAGCAUGCAGACAGCAUCGACUUGGAGCUGGAAGUGGACCCCCUCAACGUGGACCACUUCUCCUGCACGCCGCUGAUGUGGGCCUGCGCGCUCGGGCACCUGGAGGCGGCCGUGGUGCUGUACAAGUGGGACCGCCGUGCCAUCUCCAUCCCCGACUCCCUGGGGCGGCUGCCGCUGGGCAUCGCCCGCUCCCGCGGCCACGUGCGGCUGGCCGAGUGCCUGGAGCACCUGCAGCGCGACGAGCAGACGCCGCUGGGGCCCGACCCCCGGGUGCGCAGCCCGCCCCGCGAGGGGCCCGCUGCCGCUGACAGCUGGGUGGCCCAGUGGCACAGCGACGGCAUCGGCUCCCCGGAGAUGCCCAAGGGUGUCACCGUCAUCGCCAGCACCAACCCAGGGCAGGUGGCCGGCAGUGCGAAGGGGACCAGUGUGGGCAAGGAGGCAGCCCCCGCAGUGGCACGGCCGCGGGAGCCGGUCAGCGUGCUGAUGAUGGCUGGCAGGGAGGUGAAGACCGAGCUGGCCCCCAGCCGCGAGGGCACCCCCGGUGAGGGCGAGGCCUGCGCACAGCCCAUGGACGACAUCCAGGUUAACAUGAUCACGCUUGCGGAGCAUAUCAUCGAGGCCACCCCCGAGCGCAUCAAGCAGGAAACCUUCGUGCCCCUGGAGCCCGCGGGCCCCGAGCGGACGGACAGCCCCGCCGUCGGCAGCACCAUGAGCUGGCUGGCCAGUUACCUCGCAGACGUCGACCACCUGCCCGGCACUGCCCAGAUCAGCACCUUGAGCCCCGUCGGCUCCCCGGUCAGUGGGAUGGCCUUCGAGAAGCCCAGCCUCCCGUCAGCCGCCGACUGGUCAGAGUUCCUGAGCGCGUCCACCAGCGAGAAGGUGGAGAACGAGUUUGCUCAGCUCACUCUGUCGGACCACGAGCAGAGAGAGCUCUACGAGGCGGCCAGGCUGGUCCAAACGGCGUUCCGGAAAUACAAGGGUCGGCCCCUGCGGGAGCAGCAGGAAGUGGCGGCUGCCGUGAUUCAGCGCUGCUACCGGAAGUACAAGCAGCUGACAUGGAUAGCCCUGAAGUACGCACUGUAUAAGAAGAUGACGCAGGCGGCCAUCCUCAUCCAGAGCAAGUUCCGCAGCUACUAUGAGCAGAAGAAGUUCCAGCAGAGCCGUCGCGCGGCCGUGCUCAUCCAGAAGUUCUACCGCAGCUACAAGAAGUGCGGGCGGCGGCGGCAGGCCCGGCGGACGGCGGUCAUCGUGCAGCAGAAGCUCAGGAGCAGUUUGCUCACCAAGAAGCAGGACCAGGCCGCUCGGAAAAUCAUGAGGUUUCUGCGCCGCUGCCGCCACAGCCCCCUGGCGGACCAUAGGCUGUACAGAAGGGAAAUGGCUCUCUUGGGAAUUCAGUGGUGUGUGUCACACCGCAGACAACGUGCUCUGUGUCUUUCUUACUGGGCCUCUCUGUCUGUCUUGUUUUGCAACCCAAAUGAGAUUUCUGGAAAAUGGCACGGUCUCCCUUUGUCCAAAUUCCCCACGAGCUGUCGCAGCUCUCAGAGCCACAGAGUGAAAGAAUUGAAAAAGGCCAAGGAACUUGAAGACAUGCAGCAGCAUCCCUUAGCAAUGUGACAUUGCUUUUCAGACUGUUUUCAUUUCCGUUUUUAGCAGAGACAUGCAACAACCACACACACGCACACAUGUGCACGCACUCACACGCACACACACACACACACACACACGCACACAAUCCCUCUGCAGUUUUGGGGAGAUCAGCUGCAGGAUUUUAACAGGAAUGUUGGGUCAUUGCAUUUGCACUUUCAUGGACAACUUUUAAUUUGAUCAGCAAGACAUAUUGGAACUCAAUCUUCUGUUGAAUCGUGGGGAAGCAGGGCACCAGGAGGCAGCGAACGAGGCUUCGUCUGCUUGGGAAGAAGCCGUUUUCCUUCUCACAUAGGGCUGCGUUCAAACAUCGUGUGGAACUGUACAAACCUUUAUACCAAAAAAAAAAAAAAAAAACAGAAGCGAGGGCAGGCAGGCGGUGCUCUGCUCACGCCCAUGCCUGCCCGUUCUUUCCAAGAAGCUGAAUCUUUGGGAUCGAGUCCCAGUGGAGGGUUUAGAUCAUAACAACCUGUAUGGGUCUGCGUGUUCUCAUUUCCUUCACUGUUUUCUCUUUCUUUCGUCCGUCUGUCUGUUUCGGUUUGAACCUCUACAGCACACUUAAUGCAGCUUUGAAAAAUCUGCAGGUUUUUAAUGUCUUGUGGAAAUUUGCAGAGGGGUGGGUGUGUGGUCAACGGGUAAUGCAUGGGAAAUAGAGAAGAGCUUACAGAGUUUACAUUUCUUUUCUGGUUCCCACCCCCUUCAGUCCCCCAGCCCCCCAACCCUGAGCGUACAGACACCAUCGCGUCCCUUUGCUCAUCUUCAGCACUUUAAUUUUUUUGCCUUACUUCCAUGUGCAAUGAGAAUUACUUAGAGAAUUGGAGAAGCAUGAAGCUUUUUUAGUAGCCUCGGAAACUGUAAUCAUACUAAGGAACCAUAUACCUUGCCUGGGCAUUCGCCAAGUGAACAUCAGUGCGGUGCUGUGUUUUGGCCAGUAAAUCCCGUAUCGUUGGCUAAAAUGUCAUCCAAAUGGAGCAGUUUCUGUGUAUAUAUAGAAGGUAGAAAUGGAAAGUGAGAAAAUAUUUGAAAGGGAUUAUAUUAAUUGCUAAAUAUUUUAUUCACAAAGGUCGAUAAACAUGGCAAGAUAAAAUUAUUUGUAUAGUUUUGUCUGAGCGAAAAAAAUGUGGAUGUAUUGUUUGUACAUAUUGUAUAUAUUAAAACAAAGAGAUAUGUGCAUGAAACCAAGACAAAAGAAAUGAACAAAGCAAGCAUUAGUGGCUAUGGUCUGUAAAAUGAAACAAACAAAAAAAAAACCUUUAUUUCACUAUAAGAGUACUUUAUUUUAAAUGUUCUUUAGAAGAACAUUUUGCUAAAGCAUGAUUAAACUGCAAAAAAAAAAAGAGCUACUGUAUUUAGACUUAGGAAAAAAGGCAGAGUAACAUUACUUUAAAAAAAAAAAGGAUAUGUUUACAUUUAAUUUUGGCUACCAGGAGUUUAUUUUAUUCUAUUUACAAUUCUUUUGCCAAUGGUGCCAAGUAAUGUGAAUGC